CUGUCACCACGUGAGGAAGAAGAGCCCGAAAGAGAGCGAGACUAUUCCGGGAGCUUUGACUCGAAGAGACCGAGAGGGGAGAGAGAGAGGAAGCUUCGAUUCUGAUUCAUGUGCGAAGCUACAGAAGAGUAGCCAGUUUACAGAAUGCCCUCAAUUACUCUACCGCCGAAGGAGAACGCUCUAUUCAAGAGAAUAUUGAGAUGCUAUGAGCACAAGCAGUACAGAAAUGGACUCAAGUUCUGCAAACAGAUCCUCUCCAACCCAAAGUUCGCAGAGCAUGGAGAGACGCUGGCGAUGAAGGGACUGACCCUGAACUGUCUGGGGAAGAAGGAGGAUGCGUACGAGCUGGUGAGACGAGGCCUGCGCAACGACCUCAAGAGCCAUGUCUGCUGGCAUGUGUACGGUCUGCUGCAGCGGUCGGAUAAGAAGUACGACGAGGCCAUCAAGUGCUACCGCAAUGCUCUGAAGUGGGACAAGGACAACCUGCAGAUCCUGAGGGACCUUUCACUUCUCCAAAUCCAGAUGAGAGACCUGGAGGGCUACAGGGAGACCCGCUACCAGCUCCUGCAGCUGCGUCCCGCGCAGAGAGCCUCAUGGAUCGGAUACGCCGUGGCCUACCACCUGCUGGAGGACUUUGAGAUGGCCGCCAAGAUCGUUGAAGAGUUUCGCAAAACGCAACAGACGUCACCAGACAAAGUCGACUAUGAGUACAGUGAGCUGCUGCUGUACCAGAACCAGGUGCUCAGGGAGGCGGGGCUGUUCAAGGAAGCACUGGAGCACCUCACCACCUAUGAGAAACAGAUCUGUGACAAGCUUGCCGUGGAGGAGACACGAGGAGAGCUGCUGCUGCAGCUAGACCGCUCGGAGGAGGCCACUGAGGUCUACCGACAACUCCAAGAGAGGAACCCUGAGAACUGGGCCUACUACCAGGGUCUGGAGAAAGCACUGAAACCAGCUUGCAUAGAGGAGAGGCAGAAGCUCUAUGAGGAGGCGUGGGUGAAGUAUCCCAAAGGACUUGUUCCCCGGAGGCUGCCUCUCACCUUCCUAACAGGUGAGAAGUUCCGUGAAUGUCUGGACUGCUAUCUGAGGAUGAACUUCAGUAAAGGCUGUCCGCCCGUCUUCACCACUCUGAAGUCCCUGUAUCACGACAAGGAGAAGUUGUCCAUCAUUGAAGAAUUAGUGGUUGGAUACGAGACGUGUUUGAAAAGCUGUCGAAAGUUCAAUCAAAGUGAUGACGGUAAGGAGGAGCCCCCCACCACUCUGCUGUGGGUCCAGUAUUUCCUGGCUCAGCACUUUGACCACGUGGGCCAGCAGACGCUAGCCCUGGACUACAUCAACACAGCUAUCGAGAGCACACCCACGCUCAUAGAACUGUUCCUCAUCAAGGCCAAAAUAUACAAGCAUGCAGGUAACAUAAAGGAAGCAGCCAGGUGGAUGGAUGAGGCCCAGGCUCUGGACACUGCUGACCGCUUCAUUAACUCAAAGUGUGCCAAGUACAUGUUGAAGGCCGGCCUGGUCAAAGAGGCAGAAGAGAUGUGCUCCAAGUUCACAAGGGAGGGUGCGUCAGCGGUAGAGAAUCUGAAUGAGAUGCAGUGUAUGUGGUACCAGACAGAAUGUGCUCUGGCCUACAAGUCCAUGAACAAGUUUGGAGAUGCGCUCAAGAAGUGCCACGAGAUCGAGAGGCAUUUUGUGGAGAUCACAGACGACCAGUUCGACUUCCACACGUACUGCAUGAGGAAAAUGACGCUGCGAUCCUACGUGGACCUGCUCAAGCUGGAGGACGUGCUGCGCAUGCACCCCUUCUACUACAAAGCUGCCCGCACCGCCAUCCAGAUCUACCUCGGCCUGCACGACAACCCACUCACCGACGACAACAAGGAACACCAGGCCGACGCCGAGAACCUGAAUGACAAGGAGCUAAAGAAGCUGAGGAACAAGCAGAGACGAGCCCAGAAGAAAGCCCAACUAGAAGAGGAGAAGAAGAACGCCGAGAAGGAGAAGCAGCUGAAGAACCAGAAGAAGAAGAAAGAAGAUGACGACGAGGAGAUCGGAGGACCAAAGGAGGAGCUCAUACCAGACAAACUGGCCAAGGUGGAGAACCCACUAGAGGAGGCAGUGAAGUUUUUAACCCCCCUGAAAAACCUGGUGAAGAACAAGAUUGAGACUCACCUCCUGGCCUUCGAGAUCUACUUCAGGAAAGAGAAGUACCUGCUGAUGUUGCAGUCCGUGAAGAGAGCAUUCUCCAUGGAGCCCUCUCACCCCUGGCUGCACCAGUGUCUAGUGCGCUUCUUCAAAGGAGUGUCCGACAGUAAGGACCUACCGGAGGCUGUGCGGACUGUUUUGAAGCAGGAGAUCUCACGGCUGUUUGGGGAGAGCAACCCCCAGAACUUUAACAAGAACUACCUGAGCCAACACUCCAACUCUAUACCACACCGCGUGGCUGCUGCUAAGAUGAUGUUCUAUCUGGACCCAUCCUCUGACAAGAUGGCCUCUGAGCUGGCUACAGCGCUGGAUGAGUCCCUCACAGGGAGAAGCAUCACGAUCUGCACAGAUGUGCUGGAGGCGCUGCGUGAGGGCAAUCUGGGCGAUGGGCAGCAGAAGGCAGCAGAGGCGUACCGCGCCGCGUGUAACAAGCUGUACCCCCACACCUUGGCCUUCAUGCCCCCCGGGUACGAGGACAACACCACCUCCACCAUCAGCGCCAACGGAGACCUGUCAGCAGGCGAGCACGACGACAUGGCCAACGACAUGUGAGAGGGGAGCGAGGGAUGGGAGGGGAGGAGCGUACAAGCUGCCAGCCGCUAGUCUGACAACAACACCCCAGCUACGGUUGUUUGUUUUGUGAAUGCCCCCUGCAGUGCACUGACCUGGACUGAGAGAGCCGUGAAGAGGAGGGAAAAACAAAUGCGCAUUUUCCAAAUUUAUUUUUUAUUUUUUUUAAACCCUGUUGACAUCUCUUCUUUAACUGAACAAAAUAAAACUGUAUAAGAAAAGUG